AUGCUCGACACCAGCGAUGAGCUCCACGAAGUGCCUGUCCAUGGCACCUAUUUUAACAAGGCCUGGGCAUCAGGAAAUGGGGUGUCGAAGGUGACAAAUGGGGAUAUGAGGAUUGUCCGACAAUAUGUGCGUGCCAGCCGCCUCUUUAUCCCCCGAGACGGAGCAAAGCAUAUGCCAGACCAUCUGCCAGUCGAGAUCCCCGGAGAAAACCUGCAGUCUAUGUGGGUAUUUCGGGGAUCGCCAUCCAGCAUGUGUUUAUGUAGGACAAGGCCAAGGUCAACGAGGUCUCAUUCACGGACAACACGGAAAGAUUCGACUCGAGAACUGAGCCUCCCAACUUCGUGGCGGGGAUCAACACAAUAUUCCAUGAAGGUUGCACUGUGUUCGGAAAAAUUUCCCGGCUUCAACGAUUUGUGA